CCAAGAUUCGGGUGUUGAAGAUGAAGAAUCACCUGCGGCGGACUUGGAUGUUCCUUUUUCCGAAGGUCACGUGGACGCAGAGCUGGACUUGGCGGGAACUAUCUUGCUGGUGUACCGUCCCAUGCAACAGAAAGUAGAACUUGGUGAAGGCUGUAAUAAAAUAGAAUCCGCUGUGGGCAAUGGGGUAACACUCGGUGUGAACGAAGUCUUCAAAGGAAAAGUGAAAGGGCAACUUCAGAUCGAGCCAGUGUGCCAGUGCAAGACUCUCAAGCGCUGAUGGAGUCUGGUGUAGUGGAGGACUGUGAGGUCCAUUCUCAGACAGGCUACCACAAAUUCCAGAUGAACAAGGAGGAUAUCACUCCCGAUAUCGAAAGAAACCUUCGACUGACGGUGCCGAGUCCUCAAGGCUACAAUGGCGGGGACCUUGCCGUGUGGUCCAGGACGAUAUCAGUGGACUCGACCUCGGGGUCAGAGAGCGACGUUGAGGACGACGAAAGAGAGGCGGGGCGAUGGCGCAAGGUUGAGGUCGUCAAACUACCGAGAGAGGCCAAGUGCUUCCAGAUGCCCGUCGCCAUUAAUCAGACGAUGACAGCGAUGGAGGUGACGAAGAACGUACCCGAAGAAAGGCUUCGCCGGCGAGUGGCUAAACAGUACAAGAUGCGGAAAAACAAACCUGUUGUCUUCUUCGUUGCUUCCAGACCAUGGCCAGGUUGGCGGGAGUGCCAGGAGCUGCUGGUGGUAGUGACGUCACCUGCACACCUGUCCAAUCAGCUUCGCAAACACCUGGUGGGGGGCUUCAUGGCUCUCCAGCUUAGUGGUGAGCUGUUUGUACCUAAGGUGACCUCCUUUCUAAUCAUGGUCGUUGGGGAAGUUCUCAUCGAGCAUGGGGACAGAGAGGCCGUGCUGAGUUAUCGCUAUGGCAUGAAAUGGCCUUCCACUUCCGGUGGCGACUUCUGCAAGUUCGUGCUGCGAGGAAGACAAGAGGUUCGCGUGCGAGAGGGAGGUUUCUCUAUUUCCAAGAAGAUAAGGGGAAGGAAUAGUCAAGACUAUGUCUGGAAGGAUAUGGGCGUCCUCAGAUUUAACCUCAGCACGGACAGACAGUCUUUGACAGGGGCUGGAACAGGAUCUGAAAUUGCAGACAGGAUGGAGCCAUUUACUGACGUCCUGCUGAUGGACAUCGCCAACAAAGUCCUGGCAUCAGAAGCUCAGCAGCUCAGCAUCCGCAUGGGGCUGACCAGGUCCGAGGUGGAUGCUAUAGUCAGCGACGAGAGAACACGCUCUCCGGUCUUCCGGACAUUCGAAAUGUUGGCAAGAGUGCGAGGAAAAUGUCCGACACUUGUAGACUUUGGGACACGUCUGGUCAGUGCCUUGGUGUCCAUGGAGUGGACUGACAUUGUCGAAUGGCUGCUGAAUCAAGGAGGAAUUAGAAGAUGGUCCGGGUUUGCCGAACUAAAUAAUGUAACCAAGCAGAAUUGAACGGAUUGCGUAAAAGGAUUGUCACCUUAUCGAUGACUGAUCAAAGUGUCUGCCUGAGUCACUUCCUAAUAGUUUAAAAAAAUAGUUUUCUUCACCGUCCAUCGGAGACUCCUGAGUAUUUUAUAGCCACUACCUGAUGAACUGCUCAGUAUUUUACACCCAUCCCGAUGUUUAAAAAAUCAGUUGUAAACUCGUUUUAAUGCCAGGAAAACAAAUAGAUAAAACCUCGUUUUAAUAACAAAAAAAAACCAACAACAACAACAACAACAACAAAAACCCAAAAAAACCAAAAAACAAAAACAAAAAACAAAAACAAAACCAACAAACAAAAACAAAACAGACGUGAGCUGGUUUCGACAUUCUCUUUCUAGCUCAUUGCUUCAAAUAUUUAUAAUCAAAUUUGCCUAUAUUUUCUCCCUAAUUAUAGCCCUUGUCACAUGUGGAGGCUUCACUUAUUAUACUGACUGCUAAAAAUAUUAAACAAGAUGUUUACAUCCUCAUACUUUUCUUGCUUUUUGGUAAUGUACUCUCUUGAGUAAAUAUAAGCAAUAGAAAACACGGGGCAACGUUUUCACAUCAUUUCAGGGAAGUAUUUAUCCUUUUAUUUGCAGAUGAUAUUUUAUUGAUGUCAGAAACUGUAAUGUGACCACAGAACUGAAUAUAUUACAUAAAGAAACAUAUUAAACUCUUGGUCUAGAUGUUAA